GAAAAAAUAAUUAAUAAAUAUUGUUAAGGUAGUACUGGUACGACAAAUGGUAGGCUCGUCCUUUUUGACUCUGAAUAUCAUCAAAGGAAAGAAAAGUCUUUUCCUUCUCAAUUUAAUUUAUUUUCUUUCCAAAUUUAAUUUUUAUUUUAUUCGAUUUUAUAUAUAUAAUCAUUUCUUUAAUUUUCGCUUUUUUUGGAGGGAUGCAUUUCCUUUUCUCUCUCCAGCUUUCCCUCUCAAUGCUGUGUAGUUAAAGAGGCUGCUGCUUUCGUUAAUAGCAAAGAAAACCCAACUUGGAUUUUUUGUUCUCUGGAUUUCUACUACUACUAUUAAUCAACCAUUCUUUUUCUUUUUCUAAAAAGCCUGGAGGGGUUUUGUACUUUGAACCCUUUUUUCUCUGCAAGAAUUUAGAGGGAUAGGGAGAAGGCAGUAAUCAAUCCAAUAUGUGCAACGGUUCAGAGGAAAAAGCUUGUUCUGCUGAAUUAGCUACAGAAGGUUUUGUACAUAGUUCCUCAGAUUUACUUGAACUAUCAGCUACUGAUGAUAUUUCUGCCUUCAUAAAUGCCGUGGAAAAGGAGGGGCGUCCUGUUGAUGAGUUUUCUGUGUGGUACGGUCGAAGAAUUGGUUCCAAGGAAAUGGGAUUUGAGGAAAGGACACCUCUCAUGAUUGCUUCUAUGUUAGGGAGCAAGCAGGUUGUAAAAUAUAUACUUGAAAAGGGUGGGGUUGAUGUCAAUAGGGCAUGUGGUUCUGAUGGUGCUACUGCACUCCAUUGCGCUGUUGCCGGCGGUUCUGCUGUUUUAGAAGAGAUUGUAAAGCUUUUAAUUGAUGCAUCGGCUGAUGUAAAUGCUCUUGAUGCUAAUGGGAAGCGACCGUUUGACUUGAUUUCUCAAGUUCGGAAUUCUUCCUUCAAUUCAAGGAGGAAGAUGUUGGAGGUCAUGUUAAACGGUGGAAUUUCUGUCCAUGGUUGCCCUGAAUCAGAUGAUGGACCGACUGAACAAACUGAAGGUCCAAGGGUGUCUUCACCAGUGACUGUUAGGGAUGGAACCGAGAGGAAAGAGUACCCUGUUGAUCCAUCUCUUCCAGACAUUAAGAAUGGCUUAUAUGGUACAGAUGAGUUCAGAAUGUAUACAUUUAAGGUCAAGCCUUGCUCAAGGGCUUACUCUCAUGACUGGACAGAGUGUCCCUUCGUCCACCCUGGUGAAAAUGCCAGGCGGCGUGAUCCAAGAAAGUACCACUACAGUUGCGUUCCAUGCCCUGAUUUUCGGAGGAAUACUUGCCAGCGGGGUGAUGCUUGUGAAUAUGCACAUGGGAUUUUUGAGUGUUGGCUUCACCCUGCACAAUAUCGAACACGGCUGUGCAAGGAUGAGACCAACUGUACACGAAGGGUGUGUUUCUUUGCACACAAAGUAGAAGAACUUCGGCCGUUGUAUGCUUCCACUGGUUCAGCAGUACCUUCCCCUAGAUCAUUCUCUUCUGGACUGUCUUCAUUGGACAUGGCAUCAAUGAGUCCCCUAGCACUUGGUUCCCCUUCUAUCAUGAUGCCUCCGUCCUCAACACCCCCUAUGAGUCCUAGAGGAUCUUCCUCUCCUAAUGGUGGAUCCAUGUGGCCGAAUCAGUCCACUUUUGCUCCUCCAACCUUGCAGUUACCUGGAAGCCGACUGAAAAGUGCAUUGAAUGCUAGAGAUGUUGAUCUGGAUACUGAAUUUGUUGGACGCGAUGCUCGAAAUCAGUGGCGCCAACAGUUUGUGGAUGACAUAUCUUGGCUUCCUUCACCAUUGAGCUGGAAUACUGGAUCAGGCUCUGGUGCAGCUUUUGCUGCUUCAUCUGUUGAUCGAAGUGGAGAUGGAGCUAGGCAUCCUAACUUGAAACCAACUAACCUUGAUGAUAUUUUUGUUGGUCUUGAUUCUUCAGUUUUGACUCAUCAGCUUCAAGGGCUGUCUCUGGAUGCUGCAUCAAGCCAGCUGCUUUCUCCAACCGGCUCCCAGAUGCGGCAAAAUAUGAAUCAGCAGCUGCUCUCGGCAUACACUUCUGGUCUGUCUUCAUCCCCAGUUAGGACAUCAUCGCCUUCAUUUGGUAAUGAUCCAUCAGGGUCUGCAUCUGCCUUUUCAAAUUCAAGGGCUGCUGCUUUUGCGAAACGGAGCCAGAGUUUCAUUGACAGAACUCCAGUAAGCCGUCACUCUGGGAUGUCGUCGCCACGUGCUUCUGCAGCUGUUAUGCCAGCACCUUUUUCAGACUGGAGCUCACCUGAUGGAAAGUUGGAUUGGGGCAUCCAGAAAGAAGAAAUUAGCAAGAUGAGGAAAUCUGCUUCAUUCGGGUUCAGGAGUAAUGGCAGCAGUUUUGCAUCAUCCUCAGUUUCAAAUUCGGCAGAUUUGCCUUGGGUUCAUUCUUUGGGGAAGGAAGUCCCUCCUGAAAAUCUUGGUCCAGUUGAUUUUGACAAUGAAGAUCACAGGCAAUACCUUCGAAACAGUGGAGGAUCAGAGACACUUCCUUCAUGGAUAGAUCAGUUAUACAUGGAGCAGGAGCAGAUUUUGGCUUAAAAUCAAAUAUUGACUGCAUUCAUUAUUUGCUAAUUUUACAUAAGCUAAAGUUAAUUCCAAUUUUUUCAUUUAUAUUGAUGUUCACCAUGUUUAGGUGAAUAUAUUUAGAGAGAAAAUGAGGAACACUGAAAUAAUGGCAGAGAAAGUUUUGCCCUUUCCGCAGAUUUUGAUAGAUUCAGAUAUAGAUAUUUUUAUUCGAGGUUGUUCUUCCAUUAAUACCAAAAUGAUUGUUCAUCUACAUUACAAGACUUCAGAAAGUGUUAGUCUUGGGGUCAUUCUGGGAUUUCUUUGUUGAUCUCAGAAAGAUAAUGUAUUGCAUCACAUAUAUACGUAAUAAUGCAUCAUGUGACAAAGAAGUUGCAUCAUUUUGGCCAUCCAAUGUUUCAAAACUUUGGUUCUUUCAUGUCCAUUUCCUUUUCUCUUUUCACCUUUUAGAGAAAAUGGUGGAAAAUUGUUCGCCAUUUCCAUUAGAUGAAAUUUCCUUGUCCUUUCUCGUGGAAAUGAGGAAGGCACAGAAGCACUAAACAGGGUCCUUUUCGUUACCCUUUGCUGAAGCACUAAUGAUAUAGUACUAGAAAAAAAAAAGAAGGCAAUAUGUUAGAACGAAGGCACGAGGCAGUUGAUAGUUAUCUAGAACUAAAGAAAGAAUGAUGCUAAUGGAUGAUCUCAUGAUCUGUCCUCAAAAGCCUUAAUGGAUUUGGGAGGC